AUUGAAAUGAUUGGCCACACGUUACUGUCCUUUGUUCAUCCUGAUGAUGUAGGCUAUGUCCGUCAACAGUUUCAAGAUUUCUCAACUCGAAUUAUCAUCAGAAAUGGAGAAUUGGGAUCUUUAUCGAAGAUCAGUUUUCGUUGUCGUCUUAGAGAACAUAGUCAACCUCGUUCUGAGAUUAUAACAUACCAGCUAGCAGAGAUCAAAGGACAUGUAGAAGGAGAUACUAAUCAUGACUCAGUAGGUUCCAAUACAGAGCUAUUAUUCAAAGCUUUUGUACGAGUUAUACAUUCCAGUCCUAUCUCAGAACUAUCUCUGCCUGAAGCUUUGCAAGAUGUGUAUGUAACACGUCAUAAAAUCGAUGGCACAAUUAUAUACACUGACCAUAGUGCUAGGAUCUCAGUUUUGUGUGUGGUUUUCAUCACUUUAGUGUUUUCAACUUCUGGAGAACAGACUACAAUUGUGUAUAGACUCAAGACCAGAAACCAUUCUUGGGUGUACCUAAAGAGCUUUGGAGAAUUGAAAUAUGAUAACUCUUCAGGCCAAAUAGACCACUUCAUAUGUGUGAAUCAUGUUCUCAGUGAGGAGGACGGUAAGCAUGAGCUCCAGGAGUUUACCAACAGAUAUAUGCCUCAUAUCAAUGGCAGAAUGAGAAGUUUUCUUUUCCAGUCCAUUCAGUCAGCCCAGUCUGGUGACUUCCACCAUAUGCAGGAAGUUAAGGAUGUCUUUGAGAAAUUAAAAUCUUCUCAUCCUGUUCAAGAUGAAUUAACGCACAGCACGUGUGACAAUGAAUGUAGUUCAUCAGCUGUAAAGGCAGAGCUAACAUCCAGUGAUAAAGACGAAAAUGACCUCGAAGGAGGACAAUACAACCUUGGUCAAAACUUUCCUGCCCUUCAUGCUGCUUUGACCAAUUCAUCAUAUCCUGUUACUUCCUCAACUUUGAAAGGACAUGCUCCAAAAACUAUAACCAGUAAAGAAGCCUUUGAGGAAGUUUCUGAAAAAACUUUUAUUCUUGAAUGGAAGCCAAAUAUAUCCAGUGAAGGUGGGAAUGAGAACACAGGUUCAACGUGUGAGAAUGUCUCACCCAAGCUGAACAGUACUUACGAGGUAAAGCACUCACAAUCAACAUUUCCUAUGUGGACAUCACCACCAGUGUCCUAUCUUCAAACUCAAAGAUGUUCAAACGUUUCGAUUCAGAGUGAAGAAAGUGACUAUGAGAAAUGUUCUUCACAUGAUGGUGACUUAAGUUUGUAUUCUGCUGAUGUACCAGAAGUUGAGUAUCCCUUUGACGACCGACGGAGCUCUGUGGCUUCUGUCUAUAGCUCUGCAUCUGAACCAGAAACAUAUCAUUCAGUCAUACCAGCCUCAUCCACUAGCCAGGUUGUUUUUGAUAGUCAGAUAAAUGAACCAGCUUUAGCUGGGGGUCAGAACAGUACAUUAGUUAUUUCAGAUACUUCAGCAAGUGCCAACGCAGACUUAACUUCUAAUAAUGUACACGAAAACAUGCCAGUGUUCCCUCUCUUGGAAAAUACAGACAUUGAAAUUCUUUCUUUUGUGAUGUCUGAUCAAUGUUCAAAGUGUGAAACUGCAGAGUCAGCACCAAAUUCAAAUGAGAGAUGAGCUUCAAGCACACUUAAAAGUCAUCCAGAAGAAAUGGACUCGAAGCAUUACCGGGAAUACUUCAAAAGAUGGUCCACACUGUUAACAGAAUCUGUACACAGCCACUUUUGUGUCCAAGCCAGUUUCAUCUCAGGGAUCUUUCCGUGUUCCUUGACAACCAAGCCUGCAGUUGUAUCCACAACUAGCAUCUCGGCAGGUGCUAGAUUCUCAAGGUGAAGGCCAGAAAAACCAAGGUGUUCACGUACCAGUUUAGAAUUUUUCAGGUCAGGCAAAUAUCGUCCUUCCAAGUGUUCAGUAAAUUGUGCCAUGAUCAACCCUCACUCUUUCUACAAAGAAAGUCCAGAAUGUGGCCAACUUCUGCUUGACUCACAGAAUUGUUCCUCCAGUACCUCUGAAACAAACUGUUUAUCAUGUGUCUGACCAAGAGGUGGGAUUUCUGUGAACAUUGUUAGUCUUCAAAGAUCAAGUAUAGUGACUAUUUGUGUGAUUCCUCGCUUCCUGUGUACACAGUACUUUUUAUCCCGGUGAUCCUUGAAAAGUUUAAUAUAUCAUUCUUGCAAAACCACAUGUCCGGUGCAUUGUACAAAAUUCUGGUUUUGUUGCCUCAAGCAACUUCGGGGGUUAUCAGUUAUUCCUAUCUUGUUGCCUUGUAACAAAAUUAACUGUAUCACAUCUCAUUGGCACUUCUAUUGCAGAAAACUUAAGUAAUCACAGACCAUUUUGUAAUUUCAUACUGAAUUUAUUCUUAAAAACCUUGAUGUACAAAUAAGAAAAGUUUAACAUAUCGCUUUGUUGUCAUGUACUGAUCUCGCAUUGUACAAUUUAUUUGUUUGAAUUUCAUAACUGUUCCUUAUUUUGUUCUCAUUUGGUUUGUUGUUUGCAUAAUUUGUAAUUUUAUUUCACAUUUAUUUACUGUAAAUUUUAUCACAGAGAUGCCACAGUUUUGGUACUUUAUAUGAUAUUGCUGUUUUAAGAUAUUGUACAAAAUUAUUGUUGUUUAAAGUUGGUGUUUGCAUUUAAAAGUUAUUGUAUUAAUCAAUUAAACAUGGUUCUGAUGGUAAGGAACAAAUCAAGUUACAACUAAUAGUUAUAACUUCAUAGUCUGGAUAUAGAUUUAAUGUUACUAUGGCAUCAAUUAUUAUAAAAUACAUUUGCUCAUAAACAUUCUUAUGAUCAAAGUAUAGAGUGUGCUGGAAAAAAAUCCUAAUUGUUUGUGUUUUGAUUGAAAUAAAGUGUAAAUUUAUA